CGGGGAUCGGCGGCGAAUGGGAGAGGGUACUAGCAGAAUCAGCAUCGCACCACUACCACCACCCAGGCGCACCAACCGAAGCAUGCCCGAUCGCAGACAUGACUUGCUCGGUGUCAGAUAGCGAGAAGAUCGUGAUCAACUGCGGCGGGAUCCGACACGAGACCUACCGGAGCACCCUGAAGACGCUGCCGGGCACGCGCUUGUCCUGGCUGACAGAGCCCGACGCCUACAGCAACUUCGACUACGACCCCAAGUCAGACGAGUUCUUCUUUGACCGCCACCCGGCCACUUUUGCCUUCAUCCUCAACUACUACCGCACCGGGAAACUUCACUGUCCUAACGAUGUCUGCGGGCCGCUCUUCGAGGAAGAACUCGCCUUCUGGGGAAUCGACGAGACAGACGUGGAGGCCUGCUGCUGGAUGAACUAUCGGCAGCACCGCGACGCUGAGGAAGCCCUGGACAGCUUCGAGAACCCCGAGCCCGACGCGCCCGAGGACGACCCGGCUCUCACCGGCGGAGCGGACGGUGACCUGAAGCGGCUGUGCGUGCAGGAGGACGGUCGCAGGGCGACGUGGUGGGAGGUGUGGCAGCCCAAGAUGUGGGCGCUGUUUGAGGACCCAUACUCAUCAAAAUACGCCCGGUAUGUGGCAUUUGGUUCACUCUUCUUCAUCCUCCUCUCCAUCUCUACGUUCUGCCUGGAGACCCACGAGGCCUUCUACACCAUAUACAACCUGACUGAGAACGUCACUGGUAGCAAUGUGACACACGAGGAGAUAGUGUUUGAAGUGGUCACAGAUGGAUGGCUGACAUAUGUUGAGGGUGUCUGCGUCAUUUGGUUCACAAUUGAGGUGCUGCUGCGCGUUAUCUUCUGCCCUGACAAAACAGAGUUCUUCCGCAGCACCCUGAACAUCAUAGACUUUGUGGCCAUUGUGCCCUUUUAUCUGGAGGUGGCGCUUAGUGGCCUUUCCUCCAAAACAGCCAAAGAUGUGCUCAGCUUCCUGCGUGUGGUGCGCUUUGUUCGAAUUCUUCGCAUAUUCAAGCUCACUCGCCACUUUGUCGGUUUGCGGGUCCUGGGCCAUACUCUGAGGGCAAGCACCAAUGAGUUCCUCCUGCUCAUCAUAUUCCUGGCACUCGGGGUCCUCAUCUUUGCAACUAUGAUUUACUACGCUGAACGUGUAGGUGCUGACCCGGAGGAUCCAACUGCUGGUGUCCACACAGACUUUAAGAACAUUCCCAUUGGGUUUUGGUGGGCUGUGGUGACCAUGACAACACUGGGCUAUGGAGAUAUGUAUCCGAAGACGUGGUCAGGAAUGUUGGUGGGCGCCCUCUGUGCCUUGGCUGGUGUGUUGACCAUCGCUAUGCCUGUUCCUGUCAUUGUCAACAACUUUGGUAUGUACUACUCCCUGGCCAUGGCUAAGCAAAAGCUCCCCAAGAAGAGGAACAAGCAUAUACCCCGACCCCCACAGCCAGGCAGUCCCAACUACUGUAAACCAGACGCUCUCGCCAUGGCAACCGCCUCGCCGCACAGGCUAAUGGGCAAUGUCCUGGGGCCUGGCAUGGUGGGAUCUGGCAGCAUGAUGGGUGCUGGAGAUUGUCCACUUGCACAGGAGGAGAUCAUUGAAAUCAACAGGGCAGACUCCAAGCAAAAGGGAGAUGCAGCAGCUAAUGCAGCAGCGCUGGCUAAUGAAGACUGCCCCACCAUUGACCAGGUUUUGGGGGAUGACCGCAGCCCAGCCAUCAGGGGCCACGGUUCCACCACCAGCCGCGAACGCUACCCGCACGAUCGGGCCUGCUUCCUACUGAGUGCUGGGGAAUUCCAGCGUACAACAGAUGGCAACGUUCGAAAAGGUCGGACCCAUUGGGCGGGACAACCACACAGAGAGAGGGCCGCUACACCCAGCCCCGCAGUACCGACACUGGGAGAAAAGGGUAUGUAAUUAUGUAAUUGAUUGUUUCGUUCCACAGAUAUUUUUUCUAAUGUAAUAUACUCUAUGAUGAGAUUUAACCAGUGAUUAAUAUUGAUAGAUUGUUUAUUUUUCCAGUUUAAUAAAAUUGUUUGCUUAGCGGCAGCUAACACAACAAGUAUUGAUUGUGAAUAUUUAUUUGGGAGGUCGAUUAUGCUUAAAUCACCAAGUAUGCACAAUCUUGGGGAAAGUGGAAUCCUGCAGUUCAAAAUAUACAAGACUUUCUGCAUUACCAAAGUCCCAAAGCGAUGAAUUGGUGUGCAUUCCCAUAUAAAAUAGAGGGUUCUGGGGUAUUUUUAGUGCAUUGCGUGCAUAUAUUACAACCCCAAUUCCAAUGAAGUUGGGACGUUGUGUUAACCAUAAAUAAAAACAGAAUACAAUGAUUUGCAAAUCAUGUUCAACCUAUAUUUAAUUGAAUACAGUACAAUGACAAGAUAUUUAAUGUUCAAACUUAAAUUGAAGCUGAUAAACCUGGGAAGGUUUUUAUUGUAUAUUUGAGCUGGUAAUAUGUACGACCCCGAUUUCAUUGAAGUUGAGACGUGUUAAACAUAAAUAAAAACAGAAUACGAUUAUUUGCAAAUCAUGUUCAAACUAUAUUUAAUUGAAUACAGUACAAUGACAGGAUAUUUAAUGUUCAAACUGAUAAACUUUAUUGUUUUUAGCAAAUAAUCAUUAACUUAGACUUUUAUGUCUGCAACACGUUCCAAAAAAACUGGGACAGGUGGCAAAAAAGACAGUUGAGGAAUGCUCAUCAAACACCUGUUUGGAACUUCCCACAGGUGAACAGGCUAAUUGGCAACAGGUGGGUGCCAUGAUUCCCUGUAUUCACAAGCAAAGUUGGGACAAGGUUCACCUUUUUGUGAACAAGUGCGUGAGAAAAUAGUCGAACAGUUUAAGGACAAUGUUCCUCAACGUUCAAUUGCAAAGAAUUUAUGGAUUUCAUCAUCUACGAUCCUUAAUAUCAUCAAAAGGUUCAGAGAAUCUGGAGAACUCACUGCAUGUAAACGGCAAAGCCGAAAACCAACAUUGAAUGCCUGUGACCUUCGAUCCCUCAGGCGGCACUGCAUCAAAAACCGACAUCAAUGUGUAAAGGAUAUCACCACAUGGGCUCAGGAACACUUGAGAAAAACCAAUGUCAGUAAAUACAGUUCGGCGCUACGUCCGUAAGUGCAACUUGAAACUCUGUCAUGCAAAGCAAAAGCCAUUUAUCAACAACACCCAGAAACGCUGCCGGCUUCUCUGGAUGGACUGAUGCAAAGUGGAAAAGUGUUCUGUGGUCCGACGAGUCCACAUUUCAAAUUGUUUUUGAAAAUUGUGGACGUCGUGUCCUCUGAGCGAAAGAGGAAAAGAACCAUCCGGACUGGUAUGGGCGCAAAGUUCAAAAGCCCGCAUCUGUGAUGGUGUGGGGCUGUGUUAGUGCAAAUGGCAUGGGUAACUUACACAUCUGCAAACGCACCAUUAAUGCUGAAAAGACUAUGCCGAACCACAUUCUGCACCUGUUACAACAGCGUGGCUUCAUAGUAAAAGAGUGCGGGUACUAGACUGGCCUGCCUGCAGUCUAGACCAGUCUCCCAUUGAAAAUGUGUGGCACAUUAUGAAGCGUAAAAUAUGACAACGGAGACCCCGGACUGUUGAACAGCUGAAUCUGUAUAUCACGCAAGAAUGGGAAAGAAUUCCACCUACAAAGCUUCAACAGCUUUAUUUGCUAAAAACAAUAAAUACAUAUCUUGUCUUUGUAGUGUAUUCAAUUAAAUAUAGGUUGAACAUGAUUUGCAAAUCAUUGUAUUCUGUUUUUAUUGAUGUUUAACACAAUGUGCCAACUUCAUUGGAAUUGGGGUUGUAGAUGAAGUAUAUUAGAUUGAGUAAACUGUGUUAUAUGGAGCACUUUAUAUUGUAUAAGAUGUAAAUUAGUAUUUUUUGUCAUCCUAAACAUAUUAUUACAUAUCUUAAUUCAGUUAUUGCGGUCAGCAGACAUAGAAAGGUCUUCUUCCCAUUUAGUGAUUCGUAAGUGCAUUGAUUUAGUGGAUGAGAUUAAUUUAUAAGUUUUUAAGAGAUUUUAAUUCCUUUGUGGGAGAAGCUUCACUAUUGGUGUUGGUAUUCUUUUUUUUAUUAUUGCUGGUUUUAACGUAUUGUAUUUAAGGAAAAUUCCAGCUGUUAUUUGAAAUACUUGGAACAAUUCAUUACGUCAUAAAAAUAUUAUUGUUAAACAGUUGUUGUAGGUCAAUUCCACGUUGUUCCCAUAUGCUGAAGUAAAGGUGUAUGUCAUUAAUUUUGAAAUCAGGUUUGUGCCAGAUUGGGGAGAGCAUACUGGGAGCUAAUUGAGAUUCUGCAUUUUCAAGACUUUCCCACCAAGCCGUUAAAGUGAUUGGGAUUAUUCGGUUCUUGAAACACGUAUGGCGUUUAAGAUUUGAAAGUUUGAUGUUGUUGCAGUCUAUCUGUUCCAAUUCUAGCCAAGAAUGAUGCUCCUCAUUGUGGUGCAUCCAUUUGAUGAGGUAUUGUAAUUGGUUAGCAAAUAAUGUGUUUAAAGUUGGGAGCAUUAAGGCCUCCCCCCUGUUUACUUUUCUGAAGCGUGGAUAAACUAAUUCUAUUUUUCUCAUUUUUUGAAUAAAAAUUUAUUAUGACAGAAUCUCAUGUUUGGAACCAUUUUCAUGUGGGUUUAAAUGGAAUCAUUGAGAAUAAAUAAUUUAUUUGAGGUAAGGUUUUCAUUUUUAUUGUGGCUAUUUUUCCAAGUAGUGAUAUAGUUAUUCCAGCAUAUUAAGUAGUUGAGAUUUUUUUCCAGAAGUGGUGUGUAAUUUAGAUUGGUUAUUUCUGUGGGUUUUGGUGACAUAUUAAUACCUAAAUACUUUAUGUUUCCCAUAGGAAUGGGGUAAUCUGGGAUUUGAUCUGCAGGAUUCCAUGAGUUUGCUAUUAUUGGGAGCAUUGUUGAUUUUGUCCAGUUGAUAAAGUAAUCUGAUAAUUGACAAACUGUUUUAAUGAGAUUGAAGACUCCCUGAAGAGAAGACUUGGGUUCCUGUAAAUAAAGAAGAAUAUCAUCAGCAUACAGAUUGAUUUUGUGUUCUGUCAGUUGCGAGCAGAUACCUUUAAUAUUAGUACUCUGACAUAUAGCGAUAGCAAGUGGUUCGAUAAAUAUUGCAAAUAGCAUUGGUGAACCUUGUCUGGUUCCUCUUUGUAGAAUAAAACUUUGUGAUGUGAUCCCGUUUGUGGUGACUGUCACUUUUGACGAGUUGGAUAAUGGUGCUAUCCCACAUAUAAAUGAGUCUCCAAAGCCAAAUUAGCAAAGUACUCCAACUAGGAAAGACCAGUUAACUUUAUCGAAAGCUUUCUCUGCGUCAAGUGACAUGAUGAUUGUUUUUAGAUUUUUACGCUGUGACAUGUUUAAUAUAUUUAAUAGAUGUCUGACAUUAUUUGUGGGACUUUUACCUUUAAUGAAACCUGUCUGGUCAUACUGGAUUAUCGACGGGAGUACCUUUAGAAGUCUUGCUGCAAGGGUUUUCGAGAUAAUCUUCAUAUCUACAUUAAUCAGAGAUAAGGGCCCAUAAUUAGCUGGGAGAGUGGGGUCUUUGACUGAUUUUAGUAGUAAUUUGAUUGCAGCUGCGUUCAUAUGGCUACUAGUUUGACCUUUAUCUUUUAUCUCCUUGACUGUUCUGAAAAAUAGAGGCACUACGAUUGGCCAGAAAUGUUUAAUAAAUUUGACCGAAAUUCUGUCUGGGCCAGGCGCUCUUCUUGAUUGCAUAUUUUAUAAUGCAUUAUGUAAUUCUGUGAUGGUUAAAGGAGCAACAAGGCUGUCUUUAGUUUUUGUGUUUAAUUGAAGAAUUUUUAGUUCAUUAAUUAAAGUUUCAAUUUCUUUUUGUCUGUGUUGCUUGAAGAUGCGUAUAAGCUUUUAUGAAUCGUACAAUAUUUAAUUUAUUUCUAGCGGUGACUGUGUAGAGCUGCCAUUUGAAUCUUGAAUGGCUGUAAUUAAAGAUUUUUCUUUCUUGCAUUGAAGUUGGUUUUCAAGAAAUUUGCCUGAUUUAUUAUUGUACUCAAAGUUAGUGUAUCUUAACUGUUGUUGGAGACAUUGUGUUCUUUUUGAUAUGAUGAUGUCUAAUUGAUGUUUAGCUUUUUGGUUUCUAAGCGUAUCUGUUGGAUUAAUUGCAUAUUCUUCUGCAAGGUGUUUAAUUUUUAGUUCUUGUUUUUUCUUGUAUGAUAUGAUUCAACCUCUCAUUACAGACUUCCCAGUUUCCCACAGCAGAGAUGGGGAUAUGGUUGGGGAGUCAUUGAAUUUGAAAAAAUCGUCCCAUUUUUUUUCUCACAAAUGAAUCAAAGUCCGGCUUUCCAAAGGGACGUGUUAAAGCGUCAUGUUGGUGGCUACCGAAUUAUUCGAGAGGAAAAAACAAUCUAUUCUUAAGAAAGCGGUGUGCCAACGAAAAAUAUGUGCACUCUCUUAGUAGUCCAAAGUCGUCCAUAUACUGCUCUAAUAUAUUGGGGCAUUGUGGUUGAUUGCUAUGUUUGAGAUUUGAGCGAUCUGUAAAGGGAUUAAGAGUAAGGUUAAAGUCGCCUCCUAUGAUCAUUGUAGAAUUGGCUGACAAGUUAAGCAAGUGUGAUAAAAGCGAGUGGAAAAAGGCCGGGUCAUCUUAUUAGGAGCGUAUACAUUGACAAUUGUGUAUAAUUUGUUAAAUAUUGUUGCUUGUAUAAUUAUGUAUCAGCCUUCUGGGCCAGCUACUGUACUAUUUAUUGUAAAAAGUAGUCUUUUAUUAACUAGGAUUGAGACACCUCUUUGUCUGCUGUUAUAAAAAGACGAGAUAGCCUGAGUAAAAUUAAUCAAUGAUUCGGUAAGUGUCCAUCCAUCCGUCCAUUUUCUGUACCGCUUAUCCUCACUAGGGUUGAGGGCGUGCUGGAGCCUAUCCCAGCUAUCUUUGGGCAAAAGGCUGGGUAUCCCCUGAGCUGGUCACAAACCAAUCGCAAGGGCACAUAUAAACAAACAACUAUUCGCACUCACAUUCACACCUACGGGCAAUUUAGAGUCUUCAGUUAACCUACCAUGAAUGUUUUGGGAUGUGAGAGGAAACUAGAGUUCCCGGAAAAAACCUACGCAGGCACGGGGAGAACAAACUCCACACAGGCGAGUUCGGGAUUUGAACCCCAGUCGUACACCGUGUCGCCUCAGUAAGGUGCGUUUCUUCUAAUAGGAGGAGGUUCUGUUUUAAAUUUAGUGUUCCAUAAUCUUAAUUCUCUUUUCCUGUGAUCGAAUGCCAAUGACAUUCCAUGACAGCAAAGUUAAGUGUGACAUAUAAUGGGUGCAUGUAUCAUAAUUUUGAAUGGAUUGGGUUCUAUGUAUUCUUUGUUGUUUUUGUUUUUGACAGUUUGCAGCACAUUUUAUGGUAUUAUGUUGAUAGAUGUUAUUUAAAGAGCGGAUAAGGACCAUAUACUUAAGUUUAGCAAAGCCAAGGUACAUAAAAGGGUAGCAAACAAACAUAAAACAGUAAACAAACAAUAGUGCUGAGGGGAUAUUAUGGUGUAUAGUUGUUUGUAGUGGACGGGAAGAGUGUUGUGAGGAUUGUGAGUUUGACGUGUGUGAGAAGAGCAGGGAAAGAGACAGAAAGGAGUGAGGAUUCAUGCUGGUGGGAUGCGUGGUUCCGUUCUUUUGUUUGUCUAAGCAAAAUGAAAAAAAGGAAACAAAAUACAACAAGCUUUUGACAAUUGAUAACGACAAGUAAUCAAGAGAAGUACUUAUCUAGAAGAGCCAGGGGGUGACGUUAGCAUCACAAAACAGUUGACUAUUGACAAACAGCUUGUCAACAAGCAACCACGCUCGUUUGCCUUUCUCACGGUUGUUCUUCAUCAACAUGUCCAAGAUUUUACGCCUCGUAUUGAUUUCCUUGGGGAAUUUGUCAUUCAUUCCAAAAGAUGUGCCUUUGAGCUCACAACCUUUUGUUUUCACGAACAUUUUUUCUUGUUCAAACAUUGCAAUGAUGGGACGUGGUCGGUUUCCUGGACGGGGGCCUCCUAAUCGAUGAACAUGGUGAAAGGUAAUCUUGUCGACUGUAUCUUGCUGUAUCUUGAGCGCAGACAUCAUGAACUUUUUAAUCUGCGUCUCGGGGUAUACCGGUGCAUUUUCUGGAGUGCCCGAGAAAAUGAGAUUGUUGUGCAUGCUUCGUGAUUGAAUGUCCAGUGUGGUUUCUUUCAUGAUUUUAGAUUCCAAUCUGAGAGUUUUAAAUUCUGCUGUCAUUGGCAUCAUGUUUGAUCGAAGCGCAGCAUUAUCAAAUCUUAGCUCCUUGAUCUGUUGCUGUGUAAAUUCCAAGCAGCUUUUAAGCUCGGUGAUUUCUUGGCGAAGCAAGUCGAGAGUAAUUGACAAUUUCUUGUCAAUUGAGAGGAGGACACAGGCCUGUGUUUCUGGCAAACCGAGUCAAGGUAGCGGAAUCUGUCUUCGUCCGCUUCAGCGGCUGCUCAGCGCGGGAGCUGGGAUUCUCCAUGACAGACGGGACGUCGUUGACAUAGCUGUCGGUGAGAAUCUCAACUGGCUCUCUGCUAUGUAUCGCUGUUAGUGAAACUGGCGAAGGAGAAGAGAGAAAAAAACAAAGAGUGAAGCCACCGCUGAAAAAGGAAAAAGACGUGAAAAGAGAAUGUUUGUCUUGUAGGAGCUGCUUUUUCCAGGUCUACGCAAGAGGUGCUGUCAUCUUUUUGUCUCCAACGCAGUCUCUCACGUUGUCACAGCAUGCUCGCCUUGUAACCUGAGUCAGCUGUUCUCAAGGUGGGAGGUGGGCUCCAAGGUGGGAAGUGAGCUCAGUAUCAAGCUCAAACCAUAUAAGAUUUCGAACUAAUAAAAAGCUCCCUCAAGUGGAUGCCUUCUUUUUAAGACACCUGGGGCCUCGUGUACUAAAGGUGCGUACGCACAAAAACGUGGCGUACGUUCUUUUUCACGGCAAAGUUCAGAUCAAGUAUCAAGAGUGAAAUGAGUGUGGAAAUGUGCGGUGCCUCACACCAACUUCAUGGCUGGCGUAUGCACGUUUCUACAGCUGUUGGUGCUUUGGCGACACUUAGAGGUGAUGCUGGGAAACUGUUAUAAUAAAUCUGCACAUCAGAGACAUGUGAACAAUGGGCACUGAUGAACAAUUAAUGCCUGGCAACAUUUGAUUUCAACAAUGUAAUAGACGCAAGGACUCAGAAUUCAUUUGUUAACCAGUGUAUUUAAUGAAUCACUGAUAUUUGUGAGACACCUAUUAAUUGGUCAAGGUGAUCAUUUAUGCCGCCGAUUGUACUCACAAUCGCUUCUUGUGACUCCAGCACAUGCACUGAAAAAAAAGAGUACUUGAAUUUACCUAAUUUGAACAUGUACAUUGGUUGCACAUGAUUAAAAUGUGUUAAAAUAACAUUUUUUUAGGAGAAGAGCUGUAAAUUAUGUAAUUUUAACACAUUUUAAUCACGUGCAACCGAUGUACAUGUUCAAAUGAAGUAAUUUCAAAGUACUCUUUUUAUCAGUCUGCACGGGUACAACAGCUGCCGGUUGUUGGAGCGUAAUUGCGUCGGAGACCCUGGGGAUGCCGGAGAAGACGACAGGGACGGUGGACGAAUCCCUCGAACAUGUAGCGUGUGGCUGCGACUGCACUGAUAAAAAAGAGUAUUUGAAUUUACUUAAUUUGAACAUGUACUUCGGUUGCACAUGAUUAAAAUGUGUUAAAAUUACAUAAUUUACCCCUCCUCCUAAAAAAAACAAACAUGAUUUUUUUUCAGUGUGUGUCCUCUCCUGUGUAUUAAAAUAAAUUGAGUAAUCAGAAAGGAGUCAAAGUUUUUGAUAUCCUCUUUGAUCUGCUGCUGUACUUCUGUUUGAAUUCAAAUGAUUUAUUACAAAUACCAUACAUACAACAUUUACGCAUGAACCUUUAUCUCACAGGGUUGAGUGUAGGUUGCUGUAUGAACACAUUUGUUAUGCGUUAUAAAAAUACAUGGUAUUAACCUUGUGGGGUGAUCAGAGUCAUCUGCUCCCACCACCCCUGAGAGGGCAGUGUCACCCAUGAUCGCUACGACUCUCUCCUUGAAUGGGGUGAGGCCCUCCGCGCCGGUUCUUCCGCCUGUAAUGGCCACACUUUGGCGGUGGGCAGCUAUCCUCUGCUUCACAUCCACCUUAAUGUCUGACCACUUCUUUUUUAGUUCAGCGUGUGUGCGCUGUUCCAACCCUACAGCAUUGACAGCCGCACACACCUUUCCCAUUCGCUCCGCUUUCGCAUGUUGUUAACACCGGAGGACAGCGUGCCAAAGAGGAUUUUCUUGCGCACCUCCACUUCAUUGAGCAACUUCACAUUCAGAAAGAUUAUUUCCCGGCCUGUGUGGAGUUUGCAUGUUCUCCCCGUGACUGGGUGGGUUUUCUCCGGGCACUCUGGUUUCCUGCCACAUCCCAAAAAACAUGCAUGGUAGGUUAAUUGAAGACUCUAAAUUACCCGUAGGUAUGAAUGUGAGUGCGAAUGGUUGUUUGUUUAUGUGUGCCUUUCGAUUGGUUGGUAACCAGUUCAGGGUGUACCCUGCCUCCUGCCCGAUGAUAGCUGGGAUAGGCUCCAGCUCUCCCGCGACCCUUGUGAGGAUAAGCAGCUCAGAGAAUGGAAUGGAAUGGAAUUCUCUGAGCAAAAAAAUAAAACACCCGCAUGCACGCACACACAUUUUUUUAAAUCAAUGGUAACUCAGGUAACUCUUUGUACCCUCUUAUUAUUGUCAUGUAUUAUAAAAGAAAAAAAAACUGACUGCGAAAAAUGGAUUUAUGAGUUUUGCUUUCUUCUAUUUUUAUGUUAGCGAAAUGCCACAUCCCUUUUUGUAAACUUUGUUUGCUGUCUUUCUGUGUUUCUCCUUCACCAAAUCACUUCCUUCAUCAUUUAUAUAAAAGGUCUACACACCCCUGUUCAAAAGCCAGGUUUUAAUCCACCAUUAACCUGAUUUCCAUCCUGUCGAACUCUACUGAAAGAAAUUUAACAUCUUUUCAAGAGGGGAAAUGAAAUAAGCAGCUGAGAUCAUGUGGUUCCAGAAUUUUGCACACCCUCUUAUAACUGGGGAUGUGUUCAGGACAAUCAAUCACAUUCAAACUCAUGUUAAAGGUCCCAUAUUUUGCCAAACCAACUUUUUCUAGUAUUUUGGAUGUAAUAUUGGCUUUUUGGAUGUAAUAUCAGGUAAUUCGAAUUUCUUGAGCUUAUCUAUGUCAUUUGCGAAGAUCUCCACCAACCUCUCUGGUUAUGUUGACAGCCAGUCAACAUAACAAACACGUGUGCUCUCACAAGUGGGUAUUGCACACAGAGUCAACCAAUCAGAGGAAAGGGGGUGGUCUGAGCCAAAUAUUGCCAAACCGGAUACAAAACUGGGUCAAACAGAAGUAGUCAGUGGGGCCUAUUCUGGACACUUGUACUUUAGGGCAAAACCAACGAGUUUUUUUUUUUUAAUGAAAUUGACUUUAUACGAAUUCCAUGUUAGUGCGUUAGAGGUCUAAAUAGCCAAAAUAUCGAUCCAUCCAUCCAUCCAUUUUCUGAGCCGCUUCUCCUCACUAGGGUCACGGGCGUGCUGGAGCCUAUCCCAGCUGUCAUCGGGCAGUGGUCGCCAGCCAAUUGCAGGGCACAUACAAACAAACAACUAUUCACACUCACAUUCACAC